AUGACUACGAUCAGGAAGGUUUCAGUUCUCGGGGCCACCGGCGCCCUCGGAUCCCACAUUGCAAGCGCUCUCUCAGCAGCUGGCCACGAAGUCACCGCCAUCCAGCGCAAGGACUCGGACAAGCCAGCCCCCGCAGGCCUCAAGGUCAUCAAAGUCGACUACCAGAACAAAGACGAAUUGAUCUCUACAUUUACCGGCCAGGACGUCGUCAUCAGCGCCGUCCCCUCCCCCCAACUCACCUCCGAGAAGAUCAUCAUCGAUGCCUGCCUCGCCGCCUCCGUCAAACGCUUCAUCCCAUCCGAAUACACCACAAUGAUGGAAUCCCCUCUAACCAUUAACCUCCCAAUCGCCAAAGAAAAGGUUCUAAUCCGCCAGUACCUGAACUCCGUCAUUCAAGACACCUCCUCCCCUACGGCCUGGACCUCCCUCAACACCGGCGCUUUCUUCGACAUGGCCCUCAAGUACGGCAUCCUAGGCCCUAACCCUAUAACCAAGAAAGCUGUCUUCCACGAUGGCGGUGAUAAGGAAAUUGCCGUUUCACUGUUGAGUGAUAUCGCUACUGCUAUUGUUAAGCUACUAGAGCCUACUAACUUCGAAGCUGCCGCUAACCAGCCGGUUUAUGUUUGCUCGGCUGUGGUUACGGAGAGGGGGUUGACGAAGAUUGUAUCUGAGGUUCUAGGGGUGGAUUUUGGGAUGCCGGAGGAUGUUGAGGUGAAGAAACUUAUUGAGGAGUCGGAGGAGAGGUUGAAGAGGGGGGAUAUGUCGGCUAUUAUCGAUUAUUAUUAUCUGAUGAUGUAUGGGGAGGGGUAUUUGGGCGGGGAGUUUAUGCGCUGGAAUUGGAAUGAGAGGCUGGGUUUGAGGAUUAUGGAUGAGGGGGAGGUUAGGGGUGCGGUGAGGGAGGUUUUGGGGUGUUAG